AUGGAUGAGUUAGGUAAUAAUUUAUUCGAGAAUGCAAUGAGGAAAAUCGAUCUGAUCGGUUACAAGGCUUUUGCAGUAUCGUCUGUCAUCGGGGCUAGGUCCAGCAAUCUGAUCCGUGAAGCCAUCGAAAACAAUGAUUUCCUGCGUCAUUUGGACAAAGUUCAAAUUGAGGAAAUCGUAUCUUGUAUGUACAAAAAGAACAUUCCACAAGGUUCCUAUAUUAUCCGUGAGGGCCAAUCGGGUGACGCACUCUACGUUGUUGCAGAGGGUGUACUCGAGGUAUCCAAACAGAAUCAACUACUUGGCCGAAUGGAUGUGGGUCGAGCUUUUGGGGAAUUGGCUCUCCUAUACAACUGUAAUCGAACUGCAUCUGUUCGCGCUGUAACCAAGGCCUCAGCAUGGACCCUCGAUCGAAGCGUUUUCCAGCAAAUAAUGAUGUCAUCAUGCCUGCAUCAAACUGAAGAAAAUAUAAAAUUCCUCAAAAGUGUGCCUGCUUUGAAAAGCCUCAGCCCGGAAAAGAUGCAUAAAUUGGCCGACGUUUUGGAAUCGAUUUACUAUGGCCCCGAUGAAUACAUUAUCCGUGAGGGUGAGAUUGGAGAGACGUUCUUUAUCAUCCAGUCCGGAAAGAUUGUUUCCCCUCAAGUUAACUCAGUCCGGGUAACUAAAUCGAUAGACGGAACGGAUGAAACACAAGAAAUUCGACAUCUCUGCCCUGGAGAUUGGUUCGGUGAGAAAGCACUUUACACAUCCGAGAAACGAAGUGCCAAUGUGAUCUCCAUGGAAGGGGGAGUGUAUCUGCUCAGUCUCGAUCGUAGCGCGCCGUCCACACCGUCAUCUGAUGCAACCAUACAGGCGGGAUCCCGAAUAGAUGAUCACCUGUCUGUUCGCGGACGUCCCGGUGCACCAACCCUGGCCACCAUCCCAGACGAACCGGCUUUGUCUGUGAAAAUAGAACGCGAAGACCUAGAACCGGUUGCAGUGUUGGGAAUCGGUUGUGUGGAACAAAGACCGAACCAAAUCGUUUGCGCUGAAGCGGAUGAAAAAGCAGCAUAUUGUACAAACAAGACAACAGGAACAUAUUUGUUCUGA